AACCUUUUCACUGGCGAUACAAAUUUUCGUAUUCGAAUUCCUGUAAAGGCGUUCCUAUGAUUGUAGAUGGGCACUUAAAUGAUGUAUUCAAUGCGAACAUGCUCCUUUGUCCUACACAGAACCCAGGCCAACGCGUGAUAAUAUACCCUACACCUUUGUUGAAAACUCAGCAAGUGGGGCGAAACCCCGAUCUCUUAUAAGUUUCGUUUGUCCUGAAUCCGAUAGGCUAUUACGUUUCGCGAUGAGUCAUCAGCCCACUUAUGCAAAGCCUUCUCCUUAAAAAGAAUUUCAUUCAUUUAUGUUCGUCUUGUAUCUCUGGUCUCCGUUUAGAAAGGUAAGUGUACAAUUUUAGAACGUAUGAUUGAUGUAUUUAUCAUUUUAAUUUGCACCUGUUUGAAAAAAUUAAAUGGAGCACACUCUGAACACUGCAGGACAUCUUUAUAUUUGUUCAAGCCCCAGGGAAGAAAUUACGCGAUGGCUGACGGACAGUUAUCUCAGACGAUCAAUCGAAUAUCGGAGGAACUCAGCUUGGAUGAGCGCCGGCGGCUACUGUACUUGUGUGGGGACCUGCGUCAGCAUUGCUCUGCGGAGGAUGUGAGGAGAAUGUUGAAGUCUAAAAUGACCUGCCGUGAGGUGGACCAGAUGUUUCUGCUGGAACUCAUGCUCAGGAUGAGGCGAUUUGACAUUUUGAAGAAGGUGCUGCGGACUAACAGACAGGAAGCUGAGGGAAUGUUGGGGAAAGGAUACAAUGUUUCGGAAUACAGAGUGCUGAUGGCUGAUGUAAGUCAAGACAUGGGUAAAGAGGAUUUGAGCUCCCUUAUAUUCUUGCUCAGUGGCAAGAUACCAAAAGGACAGUUGGAAAAAGCUACAAGUUUUCUGGAUGUGGUUGUGGAGCUGGAGAUGCUGGACAAGGUUUCCUGCGACAAGGUGGAUCUAAUUUACGAGUGUCUGAGAAACAUCCGCAGGGUGGACCUAGCCAAGAAGGUGCAGCAGUACCAGAUGAGAGCCGCAGGUGAAAUGCCACAGUCAAACUGCACACUCAGACGAUCAGUGGAAAAACAGCAGUGUCUGAGGAAGAUUCCGUCCUAUGGGGUGUUUCCACCUAGAGCUCCCUCUUCCUCUCCUGCCAUGUGCCAUUGGUCACGUAAACCACACGCUCCAGAGAACAUUAAAUUAGCAGUGCCUGAAACCGGAAGGCAAUUUUGUCAGGGCCCCGUGGAGGCCUACCGGAUGCGGUCGGAACCUCGGGGGGUCUGCCUGAUCGUAGACUGCGUGGGAAACGAUGGGGAUAUGCUGGCGCAGACGUUCAGGCAGCUGCACUUCCGGGUUGUCCUGCGUAAGUGGCUGAGCGUGGGAGACACCCUGUCCGCUCUGAGGGACGCGGCAGGGGCGAGGGAGCACCACGAGGCCGACGCCUUCAUCUGCUGCAUCCUCAGUCGAACCGCCGGCGACGACCUGCUGGCCACCCAGCCCCAGGGCCCGGGGCUCCACCUCCAGGCCAUCCGGCAGCUCUUCACCACCGAGGCCUGUCCCGGGCUGGCCGGAAAGCCCAAACUCUUCUUCAUCCAGGGCUACGGCCUCCCCGCGGCUCUCUCCGCGUUCAGGGACGAAGACCUGGAGACCGACGUGGAGACCGACGUGGAGGCCGACCGGCCGGCCGAUGGCCUCCGCUUGGAGACCGUCCCCGACGACGCGGACGUUGUGUGGAGCCUGUGUAGGACUGAUGCGCGACAGCUGGAGAACAGCAGGCAUCGGUCUGUGUACAUGCAGUCACUGAUCACCGCCCUGCUGAAAGGGCAGAGGAGGGGGAUGCACCUCGUGGAUGUCCACACUGAGGUAAACAGAGCAAUAUAUGACCACAACCAGAGGCAUCAGGGAGAGGCCUAUCACAUCAGCUUGCGACACACUCUGAGGAAGAACCUCUUCAUAUGACUGUGAAUCUGAAUUUUCAUUACAGAUGGAAAACAUUUUGUAACACUAAAUUAAACACAAAGUGUGUCCGAUUGGCAUGAAACCUGGCAGACGCCAUCUUUGGACAGGUGCUUCCGCGAAGCAUGUGAUGUUAUGAAAAAUGACAUUUCAAUUCUUACCAAUAUUUAUUUACAUCACAUUACAUGACAUUUAUUUGGCAGACAAUAUUAUGCGAUUGUUUUACUAUUCUUUGUGAGAAGGGGGUCAUUGUCAAUGUAUUAUACUUCAUGAAGUUAGUUUGUGCAUUUAUAAUAAAUAUUAAUUUCAGAUAAA